AUGCUUGAGACGUGGAAAUUCUUGUGUCCGCUUGAGGUCAGUCUGACCGUGAUAUCUCUCGAGAAUUUGACCGUUUGGAGCUGCCUUGCUCCUGUUAUGCAAGCUUUCCAACCCAACCCUACCGCCAUCCAGCCCGCCCGAUCCAACGAAGACAGAUCCAAGGAAGACGAGGCACUCGUCCACAUUGACGACGAUUUCGACCCCGACGCCGAAAUCACCUCUGCGCAGAUGGGCGGCCCACUCCAGUCUCCUGCUUCCGUCACUAAGCCAAAGAGAAAGAAGCCCAAGGUUCUUAAUGCUCCUAAUCCUCCCACCGCCCAUAGCAGCUCCCCAGCCGCCACCUCUCCGCUCACUAUAGCCGGUCUAGCCGACAGUCCAUUCCGCGCGUCGAGCAGCCGCCUAACUGCAGCACCUAAGAAGCGCAAGCAAACCGCGAUAAGAACCCUCCCUAGCAAGAGGGCCAAGCGGGUCGAGUCGGAGGAAGAGUUGUCCGACGCCGUCUGA